AUGCCUAUCACUCGGGCACACCUGGAAGGCAGCCUCACCAAGCGUGCUAUGAUACCUAGUCAGGACAAACCUCACUCGUCACUACGACCAGGGCCUGGACUUCAGCACAAGACUUCUGAGGUCAACAAUCUCGGGGAGCUACAUGGGCCAAUGGCCUACGGCCUACGGCCUACGUAUGACUAA